AACUCCGCUAUUCAACCUCGUCCCCAGGGCUUGUUAGGCUUUUUAUAUUUGGACGGCCUGAACAAGGCCCUGGCCCUGGCUGGUCACGUGACAAAUUUGAUUGGCCGUAAGAACUCGCAUAAUUAAAACGCGUCCCGCGAGUGAUAUUAGAGGCAAAAUUAUGUGGCGAGAAAAAAUCAAAAUUCGAGAACUUUUCGUGGUGAUGGACCGCGGAUUAGCAAUUCAAAAAGUAGCUCUUUAAAAAUGGUGGCUGUUAUUUUGUGGGUGUUGCGUUUGGUUUGGUUUUUGAUGUUGUUCUACUAGCUAAAUGUAGCUAGAUUCAAAAUUUUGGAAAAACAUUAUUUUUGAUAUGAAACUGCAACAGUUCUGAAAGUAUUUUACCAGAAAGAAGAUUAACAAUAACUGGUUGAAAGCAGGUUUGAGCAUCUUGUGUUGCUAAAAACUCACACUGUUAAAUGAACUGAAGAAGGAACGAACUUCACAAGCGAUCAAAACUGUCAUACAUAUAUAGCUAGCUAUAUGUAACAUAAUGUUUAGCUAUGGAAAAAAAAUGGAGAAUGCAAACAUAGCAUGGCAGCAGCUGUAACACCAAAGAAGUUUUAUCCAAGAAAAAAUGUUUCGCAACAGGGAGUGUGUAGAUUAUGUGGAAAAUUCACUCAGCAGAGACACCUAAUCAAAAUUUUUUCUAAAAUUGGAUUGGCAAAAAAUCUUGCUUCAAAAGUGCAUGAAGUGUGUGGCAUAGGUAUCAACGAGCAUGACUGUAUAACGAAAGUCGUUUGCCGAACAUGCGAAUCUUUUAUUACCAAGGUUGACGAGUACAGGAACUCUUGUCACAACGUCCAAGGUGAACUUAAUCGAAACAUGUCUGUCAAGAGAAUGCUGCUACCAGAAGAUUGUAACACAAUCACAAGCAAAAAUGAACCUUCUCGUAAGAAAUUAUUUGAUUUAACAAACGUACAAAGUGCAGAUAACAUUGAUAAAGAGAAUAUUGAAUCAAGUGACAGUAUUUUGAAAAAAUUGAACAAUGUUUUUGGCACAAAAGAAGUACCCUUUAUUGGGAAAUUAAUGUGGGAGACACCUGGUUUUAAAGAUGUUUUUGUCAAAUUAUUACUCUCUGAUCUGAAUAUGGCAUGUAAAAGUCUAUGCAGGAGAGAUGAAAAUGGUUCAACUUUACUUAACAAUACCUAUGAUGGACUUUCAAAUUUGCAGAUCAAAAAUAUCAAAACUGAGAUGUUGAAAAUCCCCUAUUUUGUCGAUAUUCUGGAAACAAUUGCUGGUGAUAUUGAAAACAGGCAGAGUGAAAUAAAAUAUGCUUUCAUUUACUCAAUUCUGAUGCAGUCACGUUGGCACGAACUAAGUUUAUUUCAAAGAAUUAACACCACUCUUUUAAUAGAAGGUGGUUGCAGUAAACAGUUGCAGAUACGGUUUCAAAGAUUAGGUGUUUGCUUGUGCCCGAGCAGAAGAGAGGUUUUAUUGGAUUUGAUUGGUGGUCAUUUUCGUGAUGGUGUCAUUGAUAAAGUUAAAGGUGGAGCUGUGUUUCGAGGGACAGGAGAUAAUUGGGACAUAAGAAUUCUCAAAGGUCAUAUGCAUAAAAACAAUCAAAAUGAAGAUCUCCAUCUAUUUGCCACAAAUUUGAUUGAAAACCGUCUAUCAUUUGACCAUCUCGAUAAUGACAAUCCAAAACGUGAUAUUGCAUUAUUACCACUGAGUACAUUUUCAUUAAACAUUGCAGAGUGGAGGGAAUAUAUCAGAACUUCAAAAAUUUUGGUUGGGCGUAUUUUGUUGGAUUUUUUCCCAAAGUUCAAAUUUCUGAAAUCAUUUGUUCCACAACACAUUGAUCAUCAAUAUAGCCACGAAAUGGGGGAACGGUCAUUCAUUGCAUCUAUGCCUAUCAUUAAUGCAAAUGAAGCACACUAUGGUGAUUGUGUAAAGAUACUUCGAACGUACGAAAAAUGGAUCGCAGAAAUUUACCAUGAAACAGGCAUGUUGCAAAACAUGCCAAACCUUGAUGAUGGACCACUUCUUGAAACCUUCCAAGCCAACCCUGGUCAGAAAUUUGCACACAUCAAUUUUACAGAUUCUGAUCCCAUGAAAGAAAUGAAAAUUGUGUUUGGUGGCGAUCAAUUAACACGUGUAAGAUUUGCUGGUGCAAAAGAUUUACUAGCUGGUGCACAUACUCCUAGCCAUCGAUUUGAACACUGCUCUCCUUUUAAACCAGUAAUGUGGCAUACCAAAGCAGCUCUUUUGCAAUAUUCAUACCACCUCUUGCAUAAACCUGAAUCCAUUGCUGAGAAUGGAACGAUAAAGUAUUUUAGGGAGAAGCUUCGUCGAAAAAAUGUUACUCCUGCUAAAGUACUCGAUUCUUUUGAUGGUUGUGAGGAAUUAUUUAUCAGUCUUGGACGUGCAUAUAUUGUUGUUGCACUGAUGAAGUUUUUUGGAAUGGAAAGUUUGGAGGAUAAACCAUCUGUUUACCCUUUCCCUACUAACUUUGUUCAUAAAUCUGAUGCUGAGAAAGACGCGUAUAUGAAUAACAUAUUGACAAAGUUUUUAGAUGAAUACUUGCUGCAGAAAUCCCCACCAAGAGAUGGUGAUGAUUUUGUUGAAAAUUAUGGUUUUUGCGUAAUAUUUCUUACGAUUCUGGUUCUGCAACUCAAGGAUGCAGCAAAAGAAGGUGAUGGAAACCGUACUCUUAUCAACCAAAAGAUGCUUUUAAAUGUGUUUAAAUCUUUAGGUUCUUACAGCAAAUAUGCUCUGGAAAUGUUUGUCAGCAUUGCUCAAGUUGAGUGUUUACUGACACCACGAUUAUCUGAGGAGUUUAAGUGGGGGAAUUUUGUCAACUGGCGUGGCGGUAAGGGGAAAAAUAUUGAAGACGACCUUGCUCAGGAGAUUGUGAAUAAAGUUUCCAAAAAUAUAGUUCAGAGAAUGGGUCCUAACAAGACAAUAUCAUCUAUAACUAAAAUUACUAAAGCUGCUAACGGAAUUAAAGAAAUCCUGGAAAAUUAUGACAAAAAUGCUAGUAUACACAGAUCCUCUACACAACAUAGCACCAGUGAUGCUUUUGAAGAUGAGAAUGAAAUGAUAUUAGAUCUUCUCGAACUAAAACCUUUUCACCAUUCAUCAGGUCGUUUCCAUAACAGUUUCCCAGCUAUAAAAAGGUCACCUUUGCGCUAUAUGAACGUGACAGAUUUUCACAAUUGGUUGAAAAAACACAGAGAUGAACUAGUUUGAAAUUAGUUGCAUUUAUUUUUUUUAAAUAUUUUUUACAAUUUUAUGUUAUGAUAUAUAUUAUAUACCUUAAAAGUGAGAAAAAAUAUUAAUUCGAGUUAACGUACAAAAAAGAUAUGCAUCUGAAAUUUCACAAGUGGAAGCUUUUUUUGUUUGAGUUCUUUUCUAAGUUUGAUGGACCAGAGUUCUUUUCUAAGUUUGAUGGACCAGAGUUCUUUUCUAAGUUUGAUGGACCAGAGACAUAAAAAUUGUCAAAUUUGCUCCUUAAUAAAAUAUACAGAAAAGUCAGUGUUUAUAUUGCAUAAAAAUAGUUUUUUCAUAUCCUUGUUUUAAAAAAUAACCUCACAAAUUUUUAACACCUAGGAGCAUAACAUUCAACAAGGUCAUAUAUUUUUUUUGAAUACGUUUCAUCGCAAAUACCAAAUUUAUCAAACAUAUCGUCCAAGGUAUUUAUAUAUUGUAACUGUUGUAAGAUGUCUUCAAUACAUUUUGAAUUAUAUUCUUGUUGCGGUAAGACAUGGAAUAACGCUAAUUCAGAUUGGAUUUUUACUUCAAAUAGUUCUUUUCGUAACUUUUCGAAAUUAACACCAUCCAGUGGUCUGAAAGUUUUUUUUUCAAUGUGGUUUAAUUCUUUG